AUGUAUGAGCAAACUGACCAUGGUAACGUGGUAUGGGAAGCCAUCAAAGUAGGGGGAGCAAAAGUGAAUAUAGUCGUAGUAGGGUUCAAUAUAGUGAAGGGGAUUGAAGCUGUCCUCUGCAGCAAAGCAAAUGGGAAAGAAUGUAUUGAUAUCAGGGAUAAAGUGAAGCAAGAUGUGACUAGUGGUAUCUGCAAGGAUCUGUACUGGAACUUUGACUAUUCGUAUCCAUUGGCUUUCUCAGUCAUGCUCAGUACUUGGAUGCGUAGGAAACCUUUCUUCUACAGGUUAAUGAGUGCUAUGCCCAGAUUUGAGUUGAAGUCUCCUGCUAAUCUCAUCAGUGGUCGGCUUUGUAUGCUACUUGCUGAUGAGUCACUGGAUCUUGAUGAAAUGAGCACCUUGAGACAGAUGAAAGUGGCAAACUACAGACAAGUUUCAAAAAUGCCUGGAUUGGUGCAUAUUCUGUCCUACCUGACAGGGGAUUGCAGGAAGUUUACCAGAGUUCUGUGUCUGAACCUGCGAGAGAAAGCAGUACUGGAAGGAGAUGGGAAAGUCUACUCACUCAGGGAGGUCAAUAACCUCCAGCAGGAGAUCAUCAUCCCUGCUAAAACAGUGGAGCAACUGGAGUUGCAUUGGCACUUGUGCCUGCUGGGCGUGCCAGGCUGGAGGGAAACUCCUGUGGGCACUCAUUCCCCCACUCCUGACCGGUUCUUGGAUGAGUGCCUGGGAAUCCUCACGGAGGAAGUCAGUGCCAGGUGGGACAUCUUCAUCCCGAGGGAUGGCAACAUGAGGUCACCGCACCUGACCAAGUACCAAUUUUGCAAUCAAGGCAAAAUUGGGACUGUGCAUGCUCAAGGUGACAUAAUCAUACUGGCAGUUUUGGAAGUUGAGGCUGCUUCCAAAAUGGAUGUGUUGAGCUCCAGGAAUGCCAUAGAGACUUGGCAUGAGGAAACAAAGCAGCUGAAGCAGUUCACCUCUUGCAACACUUUACAGGAGGUUUAUAGCCAGAUAGCCAUGCAAUAUCCUCAGCUGCAGUACCAGCGUAUUCCAAUUACAGACUGUGCAGUGCCCAGAGAAGAGGAUUUUGAUGUCUUCCUUAAGGUCGUGAGAUCAAAUUUAACCAGAGAUAAAAUCUCAGCCAUUAUCUUAAACUGUCGCAAUGGCAAAGAAAGAACUACAAUCAGCAUGGUCAUCUGCCUGAUUCUGACCUGGCACAUUAAUGGAUUUCCAGAGCCUUUUGUAGAGGAUAUUGUAAGCAUUCCUGAUGCCAAGUACACAAGGGGGGAGUUUGAGGCCAUUCUUAAUCUGGUUCAUCUUCUUCCAAAUGGUGGUGAGAUGAAGAAGGAAGUGGACAGAGCUCUUGAUGCAGUGAGUGAUUCAGUGACUCCCAUGAUGCAUCACCUAAGAGAGCUCAUUGUCAACACUUAUAAGAAGUCGAAAGGGGCAAAGGAUAAAGACAUUGCUGCAAGCUUGCAUUUACGUAGCCUGCAGUACCAGUACUUUUACCUUAUUCUUUUUGACACUUAUCUACACCUAGAGAAGCCAGGAAAAUGGGAAAGGCUCUUCAAAGAAUGGAUGGCUGAGGUGGUGGUUCCAGCAAGUGUUUUUGAAAUCUUGGACAAGCUGGGAUUCUUGGAGUUUGAGGACCCAGGAUCUAUCCCGAUGUGCAGGAUGCGCUACAGAUGGCAAAAGCAAUGA